GGUUAUAACCCGGGAGGCAGUCGCUGUUGACUCAUUCAAAACGCGAAACCCAUACAGUGAUAGACUAGUAUUACUCCACCAUGAGAGAAAUUGUGCACAUUCAAGCCGGGCAGUGCGGCAACCAGAUUGGGGCCAAAUUUUGGGAGAUUAUCAGCGACGAACACGGCAUCGACCCGACAGGAACUUACCGAGGGGAUCACGACUUACAGUUGGAACGCAUCAACGUCUACUACAAUGAAGCCACUGGCGGCAAAUAUGUUCCCCGGGCUAUCCUCGUGGACCUGGAACCUGGGACAAUGGACUCAGUCCGAUCUGGACCUUUUGGCCAACUCUUCCGGCCAGACAACUUUGUGUUUGGUCAGAGUGGUGCUGGAAAUAACUGGGCUAAGGGUCACUACACAGAAGGUGCUGAACUAGUUGACUCAGUUCUCGAUGUUGUACGUAAGGAGUCAGAAGGCUGUGACUGUCUACAGGGCUUCCAGCUCACACAUUCUCUUGGUGGCGGCACUGGUUCCGGCAUGGGCACCCUUCUCAUCUCAAAGAUUCGUGAAGAAUACCCAGACCGUAUUAUGAACACAUUCUCUGUAGUACCUAGUCCGAAAGUAUCUGACACUGUGGUCGAGCCCUACAAUGCAACCUUAUCAGUCCAUCAACUUGUAGAAAACACAGACGAAACCUACUGUAUUGACAAUGAAGCUCUUUAUGACAUCUGCUUUAGGACACUGAAACUGUCCACGCCUACGUACGGUGACCUUAACCAUCUGGUAUCCCUCACUAUGUCCGGUGUGACCACCUGUCUACGAUUCCCUGGCCAGUUGAAUGCAGAUCUCCGAAAGCUAGCAGUGAAUAUGGUCCCGUUCCCUCGACUUCACUUCUUCAUGCCUGGAUUUGCUCCACUCACCUCUCGUGGCUCCCAGAUGUACCGAGCCCUUACCGUACCUGAGCUGACCCAACAGAUGUUUGAUGCCAAAAACAUGAUGGCUGCCUGUGAUCCCCGCCACGGUCGUUACCUCACUGUUGCUGCUGUGUUCCGCGGCCGCAUGUCCAUGAAGGAAGUGGAUGAACAGAUGCUUAAUAUUCAGAACAAGAAUUCCUCCUACUUUGUUGAAUGGAUACCCAACAACGUAAAGACCGCUGUUUGUGACAUCCCUCCAAGAGGAAUCAAAAUGGCUGCCACCUUCAUUGGCAACUCUACGGCCAUUCAGGAACUCUUCCGUCGCAUCUCAGAACAGUUCACAGCCAUGUUCCGGCGAAAGGCUUUCCUCCACUGGUACACUGGCGAGGGCAUGGAUGAGAUGGAGUUCACAGAGGCUGAGUCCAACAUGAACGAUCUCGUGUCCGAGUACCAGCAAUACCAAGACGCCACAGCCGAAGAAGAGUACGAGGACGAGGAGGAACAUGCGGAGGAAGCCUAACUCCGCCACACCAACAGUACGAGGCUGUAAGCCCUGCUCCUCAUGUUGCCAUGUUCGUAAUUAGGAUAAUGUUGAUACUAUCUUUGUAGUUUCAGCUUUGCCUAAGAAUGUCAGCAAAACUCAUAAACGAUCUCAUAAUCUAUGGAGACAUGUCUUUACUUGCCUCUAGGUUGCUACUUGCUUUUUUUUAACAUUUGUCUCAUGGUUUAUGCCAUUGUGUUUCAUACUACAGUAUUUAAGUUUCACAGGAAAUUAUAUGAAUUUACUGUGGAUAUUAGUAAUGUAAUGUAUCUGAAUUAGUGUACUAUACUUUGAGAGGAGCCAAGUGGAAGAUCAUUCCAUGACACAACGUGCUAAUACACUGCCAAUUGACAAGUGACUAAUGGUGUCUUUCACUUGCUUCACUCACAGACUAACUUGGUUAAGAACAAAGCCAUUUUAAAUACUCCUCUAUAAAUAUUUCACUCAUCUUGGUUGGGCCUGGACCCUUAAGAGACUUUGUUCUAAACCUGGUCUUAAACAAUGUCAAGCAACGUGUAAGGAUCUUGACUAGUAAGGGGUCUUUUCUUCUCUUGAUUUGGAAUAUGUGGUUCAUUGUGUGAGAUCUUGGUGCUGGCUAAUAACCUUGCUGCCUCUCUACUCAUCAAUCAAAGUCAACUUUGUAACAUUGUUUCGCAGUUUCUCAUACAUUGGUGAACUUGAGAAAUUUUAGAGGUAAGCAUCAACAUGUCCUCCACCUUAUUAUGGAAAAGUAAAGCCUCUUUACUUGUAAGGAUCGCGGCUUAUGGAAGGUUUUCAUCAUAGGCAGAAUAUAAUUUUAUGCUUUAUUGAAGGAACUUUUAAGUGUAAAUCAUGAUUUAACAGCACCAGAAAACAGUUUUAUUUGUGAACUGUUAACAUGCCCCUUCUAGCCAUCUUCCAGUCAGCAUUACAUGUCAGUAAUUGUUCCUUAACUCCUAAAUCAUUUACAUUUGAUUUAAACUUACUGACAUUUCAUUUCAUAGAAUAUAAGUAGAAUUAUAUUAAUUUUUAUAUUUCACUACUACAGUUUUGUCUUUAAUAAAGAUAUUUGUAUGGUG